GCACACGGAGGGCAGGGCCUGGACCUCAAUACUGAAACCAGACCAAGCGAUUUGAUCUCUCUUCAUUAAUGGACAGCAGGUAGCGGAUGAGCCGCUGUCACCUGUGAGCUUCUUUCAGGCUGUUCGAGUCAUUAUUGUCGGGCUUACAGGCCUGAGCCUAAAGGAAGCUGAAUUAUUUACAGUCUAACCGACGAACAAACUCCUUAUUUCCGUGUAGAAUCGUAGAGGAGUCGCGCUUCCGACAACCGGCCGCUACAGCAAGAUGAAGCAUUCCUGCACAUCCUUUUCAAUUCCAGCUAUGAAGCUGCCCUGUGAGUAACCUGUAGAUGUAGCAGGGUCCCAUGGUUUGGUUGCGGUGUGUCUCUUGCUAUGCCACCCACCAUGAUGGAUCAGCUGGACGUGUGGGCAGAACCAGGCCUGGACGGGCACGACCAAGUGACUGUCGAUUUCUUGUUGCCCACCGGAAUCUACAUUCAGAUGGAUGUUUCCCGAGCAAGCACCAUCCAACAAAUCAAACAGAUGCUAUGGAAGCAGGCACAGGUGUAUCCUCUCUUCUCCUUGCUGGGCGAGAUGGACGGUCACAUGUUCGAGUGCGUAAACCAGUCUGCGGUUCACGAGGAGCUGGAGGACGAGACCCGACGCCUGUGUGACGUCCGUCCGUUCUUGCCUGUGCUCAAACUCAUAACUAGGAACCGUGGGCUGCUCGACUCCAAGAUAGGCGUUCUCAUCGGAAAAGGACUCCACGAGCUGGACGCCCUCAAGGACCAGGAGGUGAAGGAUUUUCGAUCCAAGAUGCAGAGAAUCAGCGAGGAGAAGAUGCAGUCCGUGCAGAUGAUGUCGUGGAGGGAAUGGUUCCAGAGCUGCUUCGCUCCUCAGAUAGAAGUGGGACCGGUCGAUGGGUUUUGCGACAAGAACGAGGACAGAGUCAAAAUCACCAUGCACUACAACCAAUCACAGGACACGGCAAGUUUAAUAGUACCGCUGGGCUACACCGUGUCUGAACUUAUUGACCACGCCCUCAGAAAAUGGCUGACUACUCACGGCUUGACCGAAGAGGAAGAUAGCUUCGACUACAUUUUGAGAGUCAGUGGAAAGCUGGAGUACUUGUUCGGAGAGCACCCACUAAUGCACUACAAAUACAUUAGAUCGUGCUUGCUGUCGCAGGACAUCCCACACUUGACCUUAGUGCAUGCCAACGUAGUAAAGGACAUGUUCGAACACGAGAUCAAGACCAUUGCAGCUGUGCUGACACGGAAGUCGUCGAAUCCCCUGCCCCUUCCCCCGAAAAGGAGAGGACUAUCACAGGUACACACGUGUGUGUGGGAGGUUCAAAAUCUGUUCAAAAUCACCCUGAUUAAAGGCAUUAAGGUAAACACAGAAGAGACGGCAAAGGUGCAAGUGCGUGCGGGGCUGUUCCAUGGUACAGAGCUCUUGUGCAAGCCAGCUGUGAGCACCGAGAGCAGCGGCCGCUCCGAGCACAUCUGGAACCAGACUCUGGAGUUCGACAUAAUCGUGUGCGACCUCCCGCGCAUGGCUCGCCUGUGCUUCACUAUUUACGCCGUCAUGGACAAAGUGAAGAAGCAGAAGUCGACCAAGAACGCGCAGAUGAACAAAUGUCAGACCAUCCGCAAGGCGGGGAAAGUGCUUUAUCCAAUUGCGUGGGUGAACACAAUGGUGUUCGAUUACAAAGGACAGCUAAGGACCGGUGAUAUCAUCCUACAUACGUGGUCCUCCUUUCCUGAUGAGUUGGAAGAGAUGUUGAAUCCCAUCGGGACAGUCCAGACAAACCCGUACACGGAGAACGCCACAGCGCUGCACGUAAGCUUUUCCGAAUACUCGGCACACCCCGUCAUCUUUCCCCAGUUUGACAAGAUUCUAGAAAAAGCUGCAGAGAUCGCCGGGGCUACCGACUCAAUGUCGAUGGGACGCGGGGGUAAAAAGUUCUUUAUCGAAUUAAAAGAGAUCAUGGAGCGAGACCCACUGUCACAGCUGUGUGAAAACGAGAAAGAUCUGAUAUGGACCCUGCGCUACGAUUGCCGAGAGAACUUCCCACAAUCCCUCCCCAAACUGCUACUUUCUGUCAAAUGGAGUAAACAUGAGGACAUGGCUCAGUUACAGGCUCUUUUGCAGAUUUGGCCUAAAUUAAGUCCUCGAGAUGCUUUAGAGCUGCUGGAUUUUAACUACCCGGAUCAGUAUGUCAGAAUGUUUGCAGUCGGUUGUCUGCAGGACAUGAGUGACGAGGAGCUUUCGCAGUAUUUGCUACAGCUGGUGCAGGUGUUACGCUACGAACCCUACUACGACUGCGCCCUCACCCAGUUUCUGCUUGAGCGCGCUCAGAAUAACCGGAGCAUCGGACAUUUUCUCUUCUGGCACCUCAGGUCUGAGAUUCACAUGCCUGCCGUAUGUGUGCAGUUUGCUCUGAUUUUGGAGGCUUACUGCCGAGGCAGCAUCCCACACAUCGAAGUGCUUAAGAAGCAGGUUGAGGCCCUCAGUAAGUUCAAAGCAGUAAACGAGCUGAUCAAACUCGGCACCAUAAAAUCGAAGAAUAAGACCAAGGAGGCUCAGUUAAAAGAGGCCAUGACGAAGUGUCUCAGACAGACCGGGUUCAUCGAGACGUUGUCUGACCUGCACUCACCGCUGAACCCAAAAGUCCUGCUGGCGGAUGUGAACGUGGAGAAGUGCAGGUACAUGGACUCUAAAAUGAAGCCUCUGUGGAUCGUUUACCAUAACAAGCUGUUGACUGGAGACACGCUGGAGAUCAUCUUCAAGAAUGGAGAUGAUCUAAGACAGGACAUGCUGACCUUGCAGAUCUUAAGACUGAUGGAUAUGAUGUGGAAGGAAGCAAACCUGGAUCUCAGGAUUGUGCCGUACGGUUGCCUGGCGACAGGAGAUCGGACAGGACUGAUCGAGGUUGUGUCGUCCGCCGACACCAUCGCUAACAUCCAAAAAAACAGCAGCAACAUGGCGGCGGCUGCUGCGUUCAACAAAGACGCUCUGCUCAACUGGCUCAAAGACAAAAACCCUGGGGAUUCUCUGGAGAAAGCUAUUGAGGAGUUCACGCUGUCUUGUGCCGGAUACUGCGUCGCCACUUAUGUUCUGGGCAUUGGUGAUCGCCAUAGUGACAACAUCAUGAUUCGGAGCACAGGGCAGCUUUUCCACAUAGACUUUGGUCACAUCUUGGGGAACUUCAAGUCAAAGUUUGGGAUCAAGAGAGAGCGUGUUCCGUUCAUCCUCACACAUGACUUCAUCCACGUCAUUCAACAGGGCAAAACCGGCAACACUGAGAAAUUUGGCAGUUUUAGGCAGUACUGUGAGGAAGCUUAUUUAAUUCUGAGGAAGAAUGGAAACCUGUUCAUCACACUCUUUGCUCUGAUGCUCACAGCUGGACUACCAGAACUCACAUCUGUCAGGGAUAUACAGUAUUUAAAGGACUCUCUUGCUUUGGGUAAGACAGACGAGGAAGCUCUGAAACAGUUCCGUCAGAAGUUUGACGAGGCUCUUAGGGAGAGCUGGACAACCAAAGUCAACUGGAUGGCUCACAACGUCGCCCAUCCCUCCUAAAGCACCGAUACACUCACGAGCACACAAGUGAACACUUUAAAACUCUACAUUCCUUUAAAAAAACUACAAGGUUGGACGGACCAUCAGAUGGUCGACUGCAACCUGUUCAGUAUGACUGCAGACGAUAAUAAGCUGCUGAUCUGAGUAAUUUAAUGAAUGGAAAUUUUAAGUGCAAUGUGGAACAGACCUUAAGAAGGGAAACUGGGACACGGCACGGAAUAUGAACCCGUCUCCGUUCUGAAUAACGUCUAACACUGAGUAGAGCACGGACUGUCGCACACGGUAGAAACACUGAAGCUCUAACAGCACUGUUUGCUUUGGAUGGUUUGAAUGAGUCUUUAUGUCGCCCUGCUGUCCAUCCUGCUGCUGAAAGAAUUCCUUGUAAUCGGGAAACGCGAGCGAACCGUCAAGGGACCCAGAAACUAGAAACCAGAAACGGCUCAGGGAGUAAAACUGAACUUUUAAUGGGAGUGAUUAUACACCGAUCAGCCAUAACAUUAAAACCACCUCCUUGUUUCUACACACAUUGUCCAUUUUAUCAGCUCCAAUAAUCAUAUAGAAGCACUUUGUAGUUCUACAAUUACUGACUGU